AUGGCAGACAAUAAAGACACGCCCGACAACCACCGCCUUGGCGAGCCCUACUCCGCGGCCAACCCGAUCCCGAAGGUCGUCACGAGCGUCAAGGGCCUCAUUGACCCGCAGCGCGCGACAGAAGCGAAAGCGCAGCAAGUUCAGGCGUCUCAACAACAGAGCGAACAGAAGGACACUGCGAAACGCGCGGGCAAGAUGGCCAAGGGCAAGGCCAUGCGCGUCACGGACCCGACCACGGGCGAGGAGGUGGAUCUCAGGAAUUCGCAGGACGAAGAGCCCGACACGAGAAACAAGGGCGAAAACGUGUUGAAGACAGAUUACCCACCACCUGAUUGGAAGCAGUACGGACAGCACGCAUACAACACCACCGCAAAUACUGCCGUGGCAAUAGGCCUUUCAUACAUAACCUCCGCCCUCCUCUUCCAAGCAUUGCCCCUUCCGGUCGUCUCCCAACAUCGUUUCCUCAACACGCUCCUUUCGCUCAUCCCGCCUUCCAUAGUUGCAUAUACCCUCCUAUUUCGCCUGCAAAAGAGCGUUCGGUUCGAUUUCGAUGCCCGUGUAUGGCACGCGGAGCGUAUGCGUGGCUUGAAAGCCGGGUCCGACGUAGAUGGCGACGGCAAUGUCUCUGACGAGGAACGCACGAAGGAGAGUGCAGAAUGGCUGAACGCACUUCUCCGGGGCGUAUGGCCAAUAAUGAAUACGGAUAUCUUCGCCGGUGCCGUGGACAUGCUUGAGGACAUCAUGCAAGCUUCCGUGCCGUCCUUCAUAGACAUGGUCCGCAUACGCGAUAUCGGCCUGGGCUCCAAUGCGCUUCGUGUUACUUCUAUCAGGUCCCUUCCUGAUGCUAAGCACGACGUGGCGACGAUGGAUUCCCUCGGCGACGAGGAGCGGGAGCAGCUCGAUGGCGACCACAUCAACAUCGAAAUCGGCUUUGCGUACAAGGCGCUCCCUAGCGGCACCACUGCAAGCAGUAAAGCGCAUAACGCUCACUUGCUUAUCGAGUUCUUCAUGGGCGUGAAGGGUCUAUGGGCCGUUCCAGUUCCCAUAUGGGUCGAGCUCACCGGCGCUGUCGGCACUGUGCGCGCUCGCAUCCAACUGAUUCCCGAUCCGCCUUUCAUCAAGACGACGAUGGUCACGCUCAUGGGACUGCCGAAGAUUGAUAUUGCCGUCGUUGCUUUGAGCAAAGCACUCCCCAACGUCAUGAACCUGCCGUUUGUCUCGGGCUUCAUAUCCAGCGCCAUGAACACCGCUGCCGCAGAAUACGUGGCUCCGAAGAGUUUGACGCUCGACCUCCAGCAAUUGCUGAGCGGUGACGACAUCAAGAAGGAUACCGAGACCAUUGGUGUUUUGGUGGUGCAUAUACACCGAGCUAUGAACAUCAAGAAGACGGAUGCUAUCAGCUCUGCGGGCAAGUACCCCUACGUCACUCUGACAUACUCUCGGCUUGGCAAGCCAUUGUACUCGACUCGAAUAAUCAAGAAGGACAGAAACCCUGUUUACGAAGAAACGGCGGUGCUGCUGGUCGACGCCAACAUGAUCAAGUUGAGGGAGCAGCUAAGCAUCCAGCUGUGGGACUCUGAUCGGAUGAGUGUGGAUGAUAUGAUGGGCAUAGUCAACGUCGACAUUCUCGAGCUCAUGCGCGAGAAAGGCAAGCCCUUCCGCCGCAUCUCGCAUUUGGACAGCCCAGAUUCGGAGCACCGCCGCGGUUCCAUCGAGUACACCGUCGGAUAUUACGGCAAGACCUGGCCAAACGCCACGCUCAAGACCGAUGGGUCUGAUCCGGCCAUCCCGCUCGAAUUCAAGCAGUCCAACGACUUCAAGGAGGCACGCGCCACGGCAUUGAACGACCUGGAAGCGGCAGUGCUGGUGACGCCACCUGACCCGGCGUGGCCGAGCGGGAUCCUUAGCGUCCAAGUGCACGAGAUCCGCGAUCUGGCGAUCAAGACCAGUGGGCGGGAGAAGAAGGCUAAGCAAGAGGGUGAGAAAGGGCAGGAUGAGCAGAACGAGACGAACGAGGAGGGCGAGGGAUUGCCGUCGUCGUAUUGCACAAUAUCUUUGAACGAUGAGAUAGUCUACGAGACUCGGGUCAAGCCUAUCACCAGUACGCCGACAUUCAAUGCCGGUACAGAACGCUUUGUGCGCGAUUGGAGGCAAGCGCAUGUCACGGUUGCUGUCAAAGACGCGCGCAGGCGGGAGAACGACACCAUCCUUGGAGUCCUUUCUGAUCUCCUUAUUAACGCCUCCGAACUCACACGCGCAUACUCCAUCGAGCGCGGCUUGGGGACGGGUCGCAUUCGGAUCAGCUUGCUAUUCAGGCCCGUCGCAGCAAAGCUUCCUCCCAACCUCCUCGGCUUCGACUCCGGCUUGCUCGAAGUGCGAGAUAUUAGUCUUCACUCGGACGAUGAACAUCUGCGCAAAUGCGAACUUCAGCUACGAAGUACCAAAUCGAGCGAGACAGAGAAGAUAUCACGAAAGAAGGCGGAAACUACCCAGGACGGCCGCACAGUGUGGCACAUUGAAGAGGAGGCGUCUCUACCCAUCAAGGAGCGGUACGGCGCCGUGCUAGCGGUUCACUUCAAGCACGUCAAUCCUUUGCACAAGAGCUUGCAGGGCUUGGCUGUACUUUGGCUCCGCGACCUCGUGGAUAACACAGAGACCAAGAUAGACUUGCCCGUCUGGCGGACAAACGACGACGAUGAUUACGAUCUGCUCAUGGGUAAUUAUUCUCCUCCUGACGGCGAUCUGAGCAUGUGGGACGAUGACAAGUCCAAGCUUCAACGCGUGGGGACACUCACCUUUGAUUGCACCUUCGUUCCCGGCAUGUCGAGCAGCACGCACAAGAAAAUGCUGCUGCAGAGCGGCGUCGCGAAGAAGAAGGGCAUGUUCGAUCAGCUGGAGAGGGAAGAAACCGCUGGCUUGCGCGGUCAUGUUGGCGAUACACGUUACACGCAGUCGAAGGAGGGAGGGACUCCCGGGGAGCACAAGCACACGGAAUUCCUACCACCCGCAAAGCCUGAGCAAGAAGGGACCGCUGCCGAGCGUCCGCUGGGCGACGCCGAGGAAGUCUCAUACCGUCUAGGGGAGGGAAACGUUCACACCAACGGCCAAUCUAACACCGAAGUCGGCCCUGACGCUGUUGAUAACGAGGUCACACCCGAACAGGAGGCGGAAGAUGGCGGUGGUGACGAGACAGGUGGCCGCGAGAGCGCAAAUGAAGAUGAAGAUCAUAAGAAGCACAAGGGACUGAUAGGCAAGUUCAAAGAGUGGAAAGAACACGAAAAGGAACUGCACAGAGACCAUCGCGGCGUAAUGCAGGCAAAGCCAGCGAGAACGAUGGAGUGGCUUAAGGAUAAUAUGGAAGAAGGUGCCCAUAGUUUGAAGGGUCGUUUCACGAUGAAGGAGCGCAAGCCGAACAUCGAUACUGAGGCUUGA